AAUGUAAUGUAAUCCAACAGAAAGGAGAUAAUAAAUCUUCUGGCGGACAGAUUAAAGUUCACUACUUUCUCCCCUGGCUUCGAAUUCAAAUUCCCGAAGCAGCAAUGCUAAGGUCAUCUCAUCUUUCUCCCAUAAUAUCUCCUACUUUCUUUGCUCUUAAACUCUCUCUCAUUCCCAUUUUCUCCCUCUCUUCUUAUUCUUCUUCAUCGUCUUCUCACGUUCAUGAAAUCUCUCCACCCAAAACGAGGAAACCCUAUUCACUUUCUCUUGGUUUCAAGCCACUUCCUACUAUGGUAGGUCAUCCAUGCCCCAAAGCUUCGUUUAGCUCUGGGAGUGUCUCUGUAGACGCAAGAGAGAUAUUGGUACAGCACUUGCUUGUUAAAGAAGAUGAUCUUAACCUAUUGGUGGAGCUUCAGAAGAGAAUUUCAGCAGGAGAGGAUUUGAGUGACCUUGCCUUGGAAUACUCGAUGUGUCCAUCCAAAGCGGAGGGGGGAAUGCUUGGGUGGGUCAGAAAGGGGGAUAUGGUACCCGAAUUUGAGGAAGCUGCGUUUAACGCCCCUCUGAAUAAAGUUGUAAAAUGUAAAACUAAAUUUGGGUGGCAUCUGUUGCAAGUUCUUUCUGAGAGAGAAGAAUCUUCACUUCAAGAUAUUCAACCAGAUGAGUUGCAUGUUAAAAUGCAAGAUCCCAAGUUUGUUGAAGAGGUUCAGUUGAUUGAUGUUCGAGAACCUGAUGAAGUGGCCAAAGCUUCUCUGCCAGGUUUUGAGGUUCUUCCCCUUCGGCAAUUUGGAAGCUGGGGACCAGAAAUAACUACCAAAUUGGAUCCACAGAAGGAUACAUAUCUUAUGUGUCACCAUGGCAUGCGAUCAUUACAAGUUGCCAAGUGGUUACAGACACAGGGUUUUAGGAGAGUAUUUAACGUGGCUGGUGGAAUCCAUGCUUAUGCUAUGACGGCUGAUCCCUCCAUUCCUACUUAUUGAUAGAUUUUGCUAUUCCAUCGAUCAGUUUUGUUUUGGUGUCUCAUUCACCAUUCUUACAUUUCUGGAAGUGACUUUACUGGUGAUCACCAAUUUGCACUUCAAUAUUUUUGUUCAGAUCAGAAAUUAAUAAAUAAAUAUUUCUAGGUUUUGGAUAA